AUGUCCAAGCGAGGAAGGGGUGGAAGCUCAGGAGGCAAGUUUAGGAUUACUCUCGCUCUUCCAACUGGCGCCGUUAUCAAUUGCGCGGACAAUACUGGUGCCAAAAAUCUCUAUGUGAUCGCCGUGUUCGGUGUAAGGGGUCGUCUUAAUCGUCUCCCCUCUGCGGCUACCGGCGAUUCUAUUGUAUGUUCUGUUAAAAAGGGAAAGCCCGAACUUCGUAAGAAGGUUUGGCAAGCUGUGGUCAUACGACAACGGAAAGCGUUUCAUCGGAAAGAUGGAACGUUUAUCUACUUCGAAGACAAUGCGGGUGUAAUUAUAAAGUCCAAUGGCGAAAUGAAAGGUUCCGCAAUAACCGGUCCCGUCGCUAAGGAGUGCGCCGACAUGUGGCCUAAAAUCGCAUCAAGCGCAGGAUCUAUCCAUUAA